ACGACCAGGACGAGUUUAAGCUCGCGCGUUGUGUGCGCAUGCGCAGAUGGCCUGUCACGGUCACGCUACUGUCAAAACUGGUCGCCCUCGAGUGGGCGACGACAAGUUUACACAGCAAAGUGGUACUCACGAGACCAGUUUGUUCAAGUACAAAAUGUCUGAGGAUAAAAAAGUGGCGGAAAAAAGAGAGCUCUUUAUAUGGAAAUUUGACAGCGAUGUCUCACUUCUGAAAGAGGUUAUUGCGGAGCCUCACAAGCAUCCUUACGCAUCAAAAGAGAGAGGACAGAAGUGGGACAAAAUCGCCCUCAAUUUAAAAGAAAACCAUGGGUUUAAGGUCACUCAAAGGUCGGUGAGAAAGAGGUUUAAUAGUCUGCAUGAAGACUUUUUAAAAAAAGAGAAGAGAGAGAGAAGAGAGACAGUGGGGUAGAGGUGAUGUACGAUGAAAAGCACCAGAUGCUUACAGACUACAACUAGCUUAUAGAGGACUGGGAAAGGGAAAGGAAAGAGAGGGUGGAUGACGAGAAGGUUAUGGCAGAAGAUAUGAGGAAGAAGGCAACAGAGAGAUUAAGUGCAACCAA